AUGGCUUUAGCCGCAACCAGGACGCUCUUGGCGCUGUUGGUCACCUUGUGCGCAUCGGGGCGUGGAUGGACAGCAGAAAAGCCCCUGCGGCCACAGAGUGGGAAACAGGCUUCUUCUGUGGAAAAGAGUCUGAGAGAGGGCUGGGAGCCUCCCAUCCAGCUGGAUGGAAGACCCGUGGAGCGCUACAGCAUCAGCUCCAGCAAACCCAUGAGGACUCACCGCUUCAGUAAAGUGGGCAAGGACAGCCGCUCACAUCUACUGGAGGAUGUAGAUCCUGAAUGGGUUAACCUGGAUGGCUUUGCUGUGGUGGGCGGGGCACCUGUCAACAACUCAUCAGCAGGAUACACGCGUCCGGCCCUGUCUGCACAAACAACAGCCAGAAGGGAGCCACCUGUAAAGGCUCCAGCUAGGGUGGACAGAACAGCUCACCCAUCGGGUGUGUCUGUUGCCAGGACACACAGGAGGCCCCCUCAGUCCUCCUCUGGCCCCCGGCAGCCUGAGCGUCCUUUGGCAGGAUCGCCGCUACUGGACAGGAGACGCCACCACCACACCAAGCCGCAGUCCGACCAGAGGAACCGCAACUCACCCAAACUAACAUCUGAGUCCGUUCAUGUGGUGUCACUGCAGGCACAGAGAGCACUGGGCCGGAGCGCACCCGUCAACAGAGCAGUCGUCACCAAACAAACGACACCAGAGCCAGAGGAGUAUGAAGCCCAGGACAUCAGUGUGAGGGUCAUGUCCCCUAAGUCUGUGCUCAUCUCCUGGGUUGACCCUGCUGUUGAGAUGCAAAAAGUGCUCCCUGGAGCUCCCAGAUACUAUACGGUGAGAUACAGGGAGAAGGGCGAGUCAGCACGCUGGGAAUACAAGGAGAACAACCAGAGGAGAAUGAUGAUUGACACCCUGUCUGCUGAUAGCAUGUAUGAGUUUGCUGUCAGGAUCUCUCAGGGAGAAAACCACGGCAAGUGGGGCGUCUCCGUCUUCCAGAGGACCCCUGAAUCAGCACCAUCCGGUCCACCAGAGAACUUUGAGGUGAAGCCAAUGAGAGGGAAGGGAACUGCUGUCACAGCAAGCUGGGAUCCACCUGAGGAACCCAAUGGACGGAUAAGAGAGUACAUCCUGUCUUAUGCUCCUGCUAUGAAGCCAUUUGGGAUGAAAAGUGUCACAUAUCGCGGCAGCACCACGUCAGCUGUCAUAGAUGGCCUUACACCUGGAGAUCGCUACGUCUUCAAGAUUAGAGCCACCAACAGGAGAGGACAGGGACCACAGAGCAAGGCAUUCAGCGUUGCCAUGCCAGGAACCAGCAGUGCUGCCUCAUCAUCUUCGAAAAACCAGCACAGCCACAGAAGAAGCCACACACCCUCUAAGCAAGACAGAUACGAUGACGAAAGUGAACUCCAAUCAACAGAGGUGACAGAAGAACCAACUGUACGCCCCCAGACAACCCCAGCUCCGCCUACCAACAGGCGGGUCCGUCCACUCUCCCAGACACGCUCCUAUCACAGCAUCUUCUCCUCAGUGAGGAGCUCGGUCAGGAGGGAUGGAGGCAACAAAGGCAGCUCAUUCAGAGGGAGAACACGAGACAGAGAGGCAGAGGAAGACGAGGAAGAGGAGAAAACACCCACCACACCACCUCCAACGGAGGAAAUUAUUCCCACUGAACCAGUAGAGGAGAAAAAAGAACCAGACAACGAUGUUGUUUCCCCUGAAUCUAAGGAUACACCGGGAUAUGACAAAGAGAACAAGCCACAGACACCCAGUCUCAAAGUUGUGACUCCCUCCCCAACGAAAGCUGCCUCUAACCCCCCCAAACCACCUCCCAGAAGGCCAAUUAAGAUCCGGGUCCAUCAAAGACCAGGAUCUAAGGCUUCUUCUUCCUCUUCUUCCUCUUCUUCCUCUUCUUCCGCCUCCUCCGCUUCCUCCUCCCCUUCAUCUUCUUCCUCAUCUUCAUCAUUGUCAUCAAGUUCCACUUCAUCCUCUUCAUCCUCUUCAUCCUCAUCUUCUGCUACCUCAUCCUCCUCUCCCUCACAUACCCAAGAGUCAGCAGCUAAUAGAAGGGACCAUACGGCUUCCAUAUACCCAGACAGAAAAAACACCAACAGUCAGUCCAGUAUAACAAAAUCCUCCACUCCUGCUCCCAAGCAGACCAGCUCACAGCCUCAGACAGAGGCACCACCCACAGGCCGAGGUUCUUCUGCCGCAGGGCGCACCAAUGGGUCUGGCUAUGGAUCCAAAUACGGUUAUCGCAGAAAUCCUGGAAUUCUCUCAAGAAAUAAUCCCACUCGAAUCCUUAAUGGUCACAAAGCUGGAUCAACUUCAACAGCCUCUUCCCAGUCCAAUUUACCAAGCAGAACACAGAGCCAAGAAACAUCAAACACUUUCAGUUCUCCAACGUCCAGGUCCACCUCAGGAAGCGAGUCCCACAGACAAGCAACAUCAAAUACACAUAACUCAGAUACAUCACAGUCCUCUUCUCAGUCCCGAUCACACAGUCCCACAGUUUCAGAUACACACAGUCCAGCCACACACCCAUUCACUUCACAGAGUGGAUCACAGAACCCCUCCACAUCAGACACAUCAGACUCUGAGUCAAGGUCACAUAGAGGAUCUUACAACCCUGUAGCUUCACGCUACACACACAAUUCACACAGCUCACGCACGGCAACUGAGCAAGACACAACAUACAGGGAAGGAGAGGACCACAGUACCCAAAAAAAUGCAGAAGCAGAGGCUGCAAAAGAUGAGGAGCUGACCUCUAGCCCCCAUUCCACCACAUCUAAUGCACACACACAACCUACAGAGGAGAAGGGGAAUGAAGAAGGGGAAAAGGAAAGCAACAAUGAAAAACCUGUUGUUGUUUCUUCCAGAAUAAGCCCCUCUCUUCUUGAAAGAUUCCCUUGGCUUGCUAGUCGUUACCCAGGCAGGUUUACUACAGGUACAAGGGUCACAUUUCCCAGACCAGAGAGUAGGGUCCCCUCAAGCAGGACAUCAUCCUCCAUGGGGGCAGGUAGGCCCAUUUUGAGGGGGACACCCACCAGGGUCUCAGGGGCCACCGGUGCUGCAGGAGUGUCCUCUAUACAGGAGACCACUGAAGAUCUGAACAAACCUGAGAGCCAUGACCCACUGAAGAAUGGGAUGGGGACGGGUUCAUAUAAGCCCUCCUUGACCAACAGGAAUACAGAUUUUAGUGGAUCAAGACACCCAACUACCUCUUCUUCUUCUGCUGCUGCUUCCUCUUCUUCUUCUUCUUCUUCUUCUUCUUCUUCUUCGUCUUCUUCUUCGUCUUCUUCUUCGUCUUCUUCGUCUUCUUCUUCUCCCCGUUUUUCACCUUCUACAUCUUCAAAUCAUAAUUCUCAUCAUUCCUCAAGUGGACACAGAGACUCCAGUGAGCCCAUCCCUAGAGGAACCUCUAAUGAUAAUAUUAACGAUCACGAUGAGGAUUAUCUCUCUGAGAGAAGUAGAGAAGCCAAUAACAGAAAUGAAAAAGUCCCAGACCCCACUGCAGCCCCCAAAACCACUACUUUAACUUCAGUUAAGCCUCAUAGAACAGUGGAGGAUAACGAAAGUGUGGAUAGAAAGGAAACUUCACCCAGGACUAGGACCGACUCAUCCUCCGCCAACCCUCCAUAUCACCGGCGUCCUGUUGUAGGAUCCAAUGGGAGGGUACGCUCUCCUGUGCUGGCUAGCAGGCAGUCUGGUGCUGGUAGGUUAAAUUUCAGAGUACAACCAGCACAGACCUCAAGGUCAGGUUCCUCACCUUCUGAUUCUUCUUCAUCAUCCUCUUCAUCAUCAUCUGCCUCCUCGUCUUCAUCCUCAAACCAGCCCCGGACGGGAUUCACCUCAGAUCGUGGGGUUGGCAGCGGUACUAGUACAACAAGGGCAGGAGGAUCGAAUGGAGGGACGGGCCAGGGAACUAGGACUCGCCACCCCAGUCUCAGAGGGAAACCCACUAAUGGAGGAGGGCUCAAACCUGGCUAUGGAAAUGGUAAAAAUGGACGUCCCAACCUUACAGCAACAAAUGACAAAGACUCCUCAAAUGGCAAGAAGUCCACUGGUCAGAAGUUCAUCACUGGGCCUGAUGGAACCAAAUGGGUUGUGGACUUAGACAAGGGGGUCCUGAUGAAUGAGGAGGGAAAAAUUCUUCAGGACUCCGAGGGACGACCCAGGAGAGUGGUGCUUGGCGAGGAUGGACGCACAAUUUUUGACCAUAUGGGCAGUCCACUGGUAAACCAGGAAGGUCUAGCUCUGUUUGGCCAUGGACGAGACAGCCGGCCAGUUAUCAACCCCAAAGACAGAGUCCUCACCGUUGGGGGGAAACCUGUGGUUGGCUUGGAGCUGCCUCACCAUAGGACCACCACUACCACCACCAUGGCUCCCACCACCACACCUGAACCCACCACUGAAUGGACCACAGAGGAGUCUACAACUCCACAGCCCUAUCCAACCUGUCCACCUGGCACCUUCUCCAAAACAGAUGAAUAUGGGUAUCCAGUGCUGGAUCCAGAUGGAAUAUUGGACUGUUAUCCAGAAGAGGAAUCCUCAGGAAUGGAGGUGGACUACAUGGUUACAGGGGCCGUGGUGCCCGAUGCUUUAGCUCUUAAGAAAGAUGAGUUAUUUGACCAGACCACCCUGCUGCCACCCACCACCACCACUUCCAGGGAGGCCUGGACUCCAGUGCCAGACAACAGACCCUUCAACAACAGCCCUUCAUCUGAGUUUGACCUCACUGGCAAGAAACGAUUCACAGCUCCCUAUGUGAACUACAUCCGGAAGGACCCCGGUGCUCCUUGCUCCUUGACGGAGGCUCUGGAGUAUCUUCAGGUCGACGUUCUGCAGGGCCUGAUGGACAAGGACAGCUUGAGCUCCAAUCAGAAGCAGCCUCCCAAGAACAAGCCCCACAACAUCACCGUGGUUGCCAUGGAAGGCUGCCAUUCGUUUGUAAUCCUAGACUGGGCCCGCCCACUGAAGGACGACAUGGUGUCAGGCUAUAUGGUCCACAGCGCUUCAUACGACGAUGUCCUCAACAACAGAUGGUCCUCCAGUGCCUCCAGUGGGACGCACCUGGCUGUGGAGAAUCUCAAGCCCAACUCUAGGUACUACUUCAAAGUCCAGGCCAAGAAUAUAUUUGGUUUGGGACCCGUCAGCGACACACUCACCUAUGUAACUGAAUCAGAUGAUCCUCUCCUUAUUGAAAGACCACCUGGUGGAGAGCCAAUCUGGAUUCCUUUCACCUUCAAGUUCAACCCAACACACAGCGCCUGUAAGGGCAGCCAGUACGUCAAGCGGACCUGGUACAGGAAGUUUGUGGGCGUGGUUCUGUGCAACUCGCUACGAUACAAGAUCUUCAUGGGAGAAGGUCUUAGAGAGCCUUUUUACAGUAUAGGAGAUACGUUUGGGCAUGGAGAGGACCAUUGCCAGUUUGUAGACUCCCACCUGGACGGAAGGUCGGGCCCCGUCUACAUGUCAAAUAACCUGCCCACAGCACAAGGAUUUUAUCGCUCAUACAGACAGGAGCCUGUGACAUUUGGCACCAUCGGCCGGCGUACGGCCCAUCCUUUCGUGGGCUGGUAUGAGUGUGGGGUGCCCAUCCCCGGGAAGUGGUAACACCGGCGACGAGGAGAGGUUGUUACCGAGGGCAACGCAUCUGCAUCCUGCUGCAGGCUCUCCCCCUCUCUCUGGCUCCGCCCCUUAGAAACAGACUUUUUUCCAGCCUCAACAAAAGACACCACUACAAACUUACAACAGCUUCAGAGGAAGAGAAUAUAGUACUUUUACACGACACUAAUAACUCAAUGUAUUUCAUUACAAUGCACUUUUUUAUAUAAAGCAGUCUGUAUAUGAGGGAAAAAGAAGCAUGUGUGCUCUUGCUUAGUUUAACUCUUGUCACAAAGUGUCCUUGUAUUAUUCCCAGCUACUGCAGAGACAAAUCCCCACCCAGCCUUAUUUAUCUCACCAAAAUGCACACACAAAGGGGCAACAUUGGACCAAAGCACAAACUGAAAAGCAAACUGUAUGCAAAUGGGCACUUAAGGUGUGUAUAGGUCUGUUCAUUUUCGAU